UCAUCAAAUUUGCCACCACUAGGCAGAGCAAGAGUUAAACAAAAGGAUUACAAUAAAAUUAUUAAAUAAAUAUUAAUAGCAUUUAUAAAUUUUGUAUAAGCACCCAACUGCUCUCCCUAUAGUUUAGAUUGGAUUUUAGUUUUCCAAAUUUCCGGAAAUCAUUCAAAUGGGCGAUAAUAGAAUUUGCGAUAUUAGCAAUGAGGUUUUGGAGGAACUGAAGAAGUUUCGUUUUCGCAAGAGCGUAACAAAUUCUGCGUUGAUCUUGAAAGUGGACCGGGAAAAGCAAUGCGUUGUUCUCGAUGAACUCAUUGAUGACAUUUCCGUGGAGGAGCUGCAGGACACUCUGCCAGGACAUCAGCCCAGAUAUGUAGUUUAUACCUACAAAAUGAUCCAUGACGAUCAGCGAAUAUCAUAUCCCAUGUGCUUUAUAUUCUACACCCCAAGGGAUAGUCAGAUCGAACUCCAAAUGAUGUAUGCCUGCACCAAGAGUGCUCUUCAGCGCGAGGUCGAUCUCACUCGGGUCUAUGAAAUCCGAGAAUUGGACGAACUGACCGAAGAUUGGCUCAGAUCUAAGCUUAAGUAAACGGGCAAAAAAUCACAAGCAAAUGAAAUGACAAUUUUUCAAAGCAAUAUUUUAGUAACUAAUAUUAUAUUCCUGGAUACCAACGAUACAUACCAAUAGUAUAUAUACACACAUACAUAUAUAUAAAUACCAAAAUCAUGACAAAAUGCCGAUAAACUGUAUAUAUUUGUAAGCUCAAUUCUUUACAUAUUUUUUCCAAUUCUUUUAUUCUGUGUUCUUGUAAGUUUUUAGUUUUCGUUUUUCAACCUGUCUUGCAUUUAAAUAGUUGAUAGCAAAAACAAAGCUGGACUUGCCAAAUUAUAUAAAACAGAAUAUAUUUAUAUACAUAUACAUACUAUAGAUCCGAGAUGAUAAAUGAAACGAAAAUGUAUUUUAAUUGUAAAGAUUACAUGACAUAGACACAAAUAUUCCAUUUUAUACAUGAAAAUGUUAAGUAUUUAACAACAAACAAAAAAUAAUACAUAAAUGAAACAACGUGUUCAAUAUUAUCUACAAAUAAAUAAACAUUUGUAUAUCGAUUAUACUUGAA